UAUCGAUGUUACGAUAUACGCAUAUAUCUUUCCGACAUCCCUAGCCGGUGGUUGCGCGCGACUUCGUCCCGCUUAAAUAAAUUCAAUAAAAGAGUUAUUGAUUUGGAAAAGUGUUGCUGUUCAAGUGAGUACCCAGAGCAAUGGACAGUUCCUCUGUUUGGUCUUGAAAAUAAUUACAUGGUGAAUAAUUCUCUACGGUGGAUACAAUUUUGCUACCCCAAACGUCAGUUUGCCAACUCAACAACUCUUAAAUCCUACUCAACAUAACAAGAAACUUAUUAGAAUUAACCAACCAACAACAACCAACACAACUCCACACAACUCAACACUUACUCAGCAACAUCAUCAGAACACCAGACUCGUUUAAUCCCAGAAAGUUAAAAAGGAGCCAUCCAAGGAUUAAACGAAUGCCAGUUCAAGAGUAAACUAUUGAGCCUGUGGAACUUGUCAAAAUUAGUCCAGGAAGUGUCGCGGCAAGGAGAAGGAUUUUUAUCAUUUCGGAAUUUAGAAUUAUAAACAUUUAAUUUUUGGUGUUAAGUGUCCUGUCCAGUCCAGGAUAUAUAUUCGUAUUAUUUAUUGAAUUAUUUAAGACAGGGCUGAUUCUCAGCUUUGAAGCUAAAGAGAGAGGCUAUCGCCCCACAUCCCCAGCCCCGAUCGUAAGGGUUUAAAAAACGCAAGAAAACAUUUCAGGGUAUCCUAGUUAUAUAAGAGUUAUACGCACCUUGUCAGGUCCAAGCGGCGAGUUGUUCCCCAAUUCUCAUUAUGAAAAUAAUGACAAUGAAGUUUAAGCGCAAAUAUGGCUGUUUAGAGAAUAUUUGAAAAGAAUUUCUCACCUAUUAACCAAUUUUUGGAUUUUUGUUUCGACCCCCUCAUUUGUUACGUAGUCUUGUAUUUUAUAAGUUAUCAGCGAUUGUUUUGCAACAAUUCCACCACCAAGUCACUCAGUUACUACCAAGUCACAUCACAGCACACCACCCCCAUCCCAGUUUAGUUUUUUGUAAAAGGAUCGUUCGUGAAGAGUACUUGACUUUUAGUUAGGGCUUGAGGAAGUUAUAAGGGUUUUCGAGACAGAAAGAGUUUAGAGUUACACUUAACAAUUAACAACAUGGAAAGUUUCUCGCCGGAUCUGCUAUGGAUGGUCGUCAUCGGCUUCCUGAUCGCCUUCGUCCUGGCCUUCGGCAUCGGCGCCAACGACGUGGCCAACUCCUUCGGCACUAGUGUUGGCUCAGGAGUCCUUACCAUUCGACAGGCCUGCGUCUUGGCCACCGUUUGCGAGAUAUCCGGUGCCGUUUUAAUUGGCUACAAAGUAUCGGACACCAUGCGCAAGGGCAUCCUGGAGGUGGGACUGUACGAGGGCGCCGAGGACGUCCUGAUGCUGGGCUGCGUGGCUGCCUUGGCCAGCAGCGCUGUUUGGCUUUUGGUCGCCACCUUCAUGAAGCUGCCCAUUUCGGGCACCCACAGCAUUGUUGGCUCUACCAUUGGCUUCUCAUUGGUGGCCCGGGGUGUUCAGGGUCUUAAGUGGUCCACCCUGGGCACCAUCGUGGGCUCGUGGUUCAUCUCGCCAGUGCUGAGCGGUAUAGUGAGCAUCCUCCUCUUCCUGGCCAUCCGCCGGUUCAUCCUUCGCGCCCAAGAGCCCCUAAAGGCCGGAUUCCGUUCGCUGCCCAUCUUCUACGGCGCCACCUUCUUCAUCAACGUGAUCAGCGUAGUGCUGGACGGACCGAAGUUGCUCUACAUGGACAACAUCCCCGCCUGGAUAGCGCUCAGCGCCAGCCUGGGCCUCUCGCUCCUGGUGGCGAUGCUCACGCAGCUGGUGGUGGUGCCCCUGCAACGUCGGAAAAUAGCCAAGCGCCUGCGUGCCGAGAAUCCAGUCAAGUUCAACUUUGAGGACUCUGUGGAGUCCUCUCCGUCGGGAAGCCCCAAGAAGCAGCGGCGUCCUCUGUCGCUGGUCAGCGAGGGCAAGCCCCUGCCCGCCAUCGCCGAGAUCACCGAACUGGUCUCCUUGAGCGACAACUCGCCCAGGGCCUUCAAGCUGGCCCCCUUCGGGCUGGCGGCCAAGAACAACAACGCCCCCGGUGAGGAGUACAAGAUCGACCCGCAGCUGAUCAAGAAGGCCGAAGAUCUGCUCGGCAAGGCCAGCCUGGACAACACCGACCUGACCAUCACCAGUCUGAACUUCAUCGACGAGCAGCAGCAGCAGAACCAACAGCAGCAAAACGGCCGCAAGUUGCAGGAGUGUUUCAAGCGAGUCCAGUCGCCCAAGGAGGAGCCCAAGAACAAACCCAAUGCCAGUGGAUCGGAUGCGGGAGCCGGAAAGGAAACGGGAGCUACUGCCAAAGCCACCAACAACAACUUGCAGGUGGUGGAGAGUGCCGGCAGUCUGGAUUUGAUGAUCAGUUCCACGUUGUCGCCCAACUCCAGCAAGGUGCCGCUGAUUGAGAGCAAGGAGGCGCUGAACGAGCAGGAGGACGAGUUCAAACGGGCGACGGCCGGCGGACGAAGGGCCAGCGGAGGCGAGGAGACUCCCGAGAUUUCCAUGCUCUUCUCCUUCCUCCAGAUCCUGACGGCCACUUUCGGCAGUUUCGCGCACGGCGGCAAUGAUGUGAGCAACGCCAUCGGUCCUCUGAUCGCCCUGUACAUGAUCUAUCGCGAGGGCUCGGUGAUGCAGCAGGCGGAGAGUCCCAUCUAUAUCCUGAUCUAUGGUGGCAUCGGCAUCUCCGUGGGCCUCUGGCUGUGGGGCAGACGCGUUAUCGAGACCAUUGGCAAUGACCUCACCAAAAUCACCUCAUCGACUGGCUUCACUAUUGAAAUCGGAGCGGCCAUUACCGUACUGCUGGCCAGCAAAAUUGGUCUGCCCAUUUCGACAACUCACUGCAAGGUCGGUUCGGUGGUUUUCGUCGGUCAUGUCAGUGCAUCCGGACGGAAGAAGGAUCAGCCCAAGGGCCAGGAUGGAUCGGAAGUGGAGAAGGCGGCCCAUCAGCCGAAUGAAGAGCCCCUGGCUGAUGGCAGUGUCGAUUGGCACUUGUUCCGGAAUAUCGCUUAUGCCUGGAUUGUGACGGUGCCGGUUACGGCGCUACUGAGUGCCGGAAUAAUGUACGUGCUCUGUGCGAUCGCCGUGGAUGACAUGGGACGGAACUAGAUGCUGGCGAUCAAAGCGUGGCAUUCAAUUAUUAAUUGUAACAGCAUAUGCUAAUAAUGUUUCGUAAUUGUACAAGUUGGAAAACACAAAACCUAAGAUUAAACACGCCAGAGAAGACACAAGACAAAGUGGGAGAAUCUUAACCAAAUUACUCGCCUAACUAAAAGCAUUGUACUUAGCUCAUAGAAGUCUCUGAUGCUAACUGAUAUUAAUAUUAUUUAAUAUGUGUACUCCAAGCAUGUCGUGAUUUGAUUCAAUAUUAUAAUACACUGCGAUUUUUUUUCACACCCGAAUGGCAUUUGAAAACCCUUCGUAGACUUAGUCCGAAUCCACUCGAGAUAUUCUUUUUAAAUUUAUAAUUUACACCAAUCCAUAGAACAGAGCAAAACACUUGAAUAAAAUACAAACUAUGUACAACAAACACUUGUUUCAGGUCUUUGAUAACAGUUUCUUUUUAAUCAAAAUGUCAAAACUAAUUGUUUCUUUCAAACUGAUAUUUUUUUCCUUAUAGUUUCCUAUUUUUGUUAAUUUUUUGGUUCCAUAUUCAUAUUCCUACGAAAUCGUGAGCUCUCCAGUCCGAUUUAUUUACAUUCCAUUGAGAGCCAGAUCAUAAAGUAUUUCACUAUGUAGAUAUAUGAGAAAUAAAUACAAAGUUAUGACAUUAA